GGCUCCCUCUCGCUCUCGCUCCCUCUCCUGGGAUUUUGCUGCUGGGCUCCCUCUCUCUCUGCGGCCCUAGAGUUAAUCCCAUCCAGCCGAGAUGAACCCCAACGUCUUGCUUUGAAAAAGCCAUUUUGUGUUGAGGCUUGACUGUGAAUGGCUCCCUAAUACACCUGUUGGGACGAUCACAACAGAGUAUGCUUUUUGAGAGGUACUUGGCUUGACCAGAUAUUGGUACUAGAGAAGAGAGGCAUUUUGUGUUUUGGUUUAUCCUGAUCAUUAUGAACAUUGGCUUUUGACCCCUGAAGUAACAAUGUUGAAAGCUGAGUCUUCAGGUGAACGGACCACUCUCAGAAGUGCCUCUCCACACAGGAAUGCGUAUAGAACUGAGUUCCAGGCACUGAAAAGUACCUUUGACAAACCCAAGUCAGAUGGAGAACAGAAAGCAAAGGAAGGUGGUGAGGGUUCUCAGCAGAGCAGGGGGAGGAAAUAUGGCUCCAAUGUCAACAGAAUUAAAAACCUGUUUAUGCAGAUGGGUAUGGAGCCCAAUGAGAAUACUGCAGUUGUUGCCAAAACCAGGGGGAAAGGUAGACCUUCAUCCCCUCAGAGGAGAAUGAAGCCCAAAGAAUUUCUGGAGAAGACAGAUGGCUCGGUGGUUAGGUUGGAGUCCUCUGUUUCCGAACGCAUCAGUAGAUUCGACACCCUGUAUGAUGGUCCUUCUUACUCCAAGUUCACGGAGACUCGGAAGAUGUUUGAGAGAAGCGUGCACGAGUCAGGACCCAACAACCGCUAUUCCCCAAAGAAGGAGAAGGCUGGAGGGGGGGAGCCGCAGGACGAGUGGGGAGGCUCCAAGUCCAACCGAGGCAGCACUGACUCAUUGGACAGCCUCAGCUCGCGGACCGAGGCUGUCUCUCCAACCGUGAGUCAACUGAGUGCUGUGUUUGAGAACACUGAUUCCCCUGGGACUGUUAGUUCCGAGAAGGCUGAAAACAGCGAGUACUCGGUGACUGGGCACUACCCCCUGAAUCUGCCAACCGUCACUGUUACAAACCUCGAUACCUUCGGCCGCCUGAAGGAUUCUAAUUCGUGGGCUCCUUCAGACAAACAGGGCGUGGGUGCAGAGGAUGCUCCGAAGAGUGACUCAACCCCAGUGCUAGAAGUGGCUUCUAGAAGCACCUCUGUGGCUCCGGUUCCUACUGAAGAGAAUCAGCAGAGCAAGGAAGCCGGGGACUCCUCAUCCAACCUAGAGGCUCCCAGCAGAGUCGACGCAGACACUCCCGAAGGACCUUGUGCUGAAAAUCGGGCGAUGCCGAGGUCUGAAAUCCUCUCCCCGCCACACCAACCCUCAGCAGAUGCCGAAGAAAAUGUGGUCGAGGGCGAGGCAGCCGAGCAACUGAGAAAAGACCCUGCAGGUGGUGCUUUCCCCUCUCCUGUUGCUUCUUCAGACACCUGUGGAAAAGAAGGACCUGAAGAUGCAGACGAUUUCGAGAGUUCCCACGUGUACAUGCACAGUGACUAUAACGUGUAUAGGGUGAGAUCCAGGUGUAAUUCAGACUGGGGAGAGACAGGUACCGAGCAGGACGAGGAAGAUGACAGUGACGAGAAUAAUGACUAUCAGCCAGACAUGGACUACUCCGAAAUCCUUGGACUGCCCGAAGAGGAAGAAAUCCCAGCAAACAGGAAGAUCAAGUUCAGCAGUGCUCCAAUUAAGGUGUUCAACACAUACUCCAAUGAAGACUACGACAGGAGAAAUGACGAAGUUGACCCCGUGGCCGCUUCAGCCGAGUAUGAGCUUGAAAAACGAGUAGAAAAGCUGGAACUUUUCCCGGUGCACCUAGAGAAAGAUGAGGAUGGCCUUGGUAUCAGUAUUAUUGGAAUGGGCGUUGGAGCAGAUGCCGGACUCGAAAAGCUGGGGAUAUUUGUCAAGACAGUGACAGAAGGCGGUGCAGCCCAGCGGGAUGGCAGAAUACAAGUCAACGACCAGAUCGUAGAGGUGGAUGGAAUCAGCUUGGUGGGUGUCACCCAGAAUUUUGCUGCAACAGUUCUCAGAAACACCAAGGGUAAUGUGAGGUUUGUUAUUGGACGGGAAAAACCAGGACAAGUGAGUGAGGUUGCCCAGUUGAUCAGCCAGACGCUGGAGCAGGAGAGGCGCCAGAGGGAGCUGCUGGAGCAGCACUAUGCCCAGUACGACGCUGACGACGACGAGAUUCUUUGUGUGAGAAUCUUCUCUGUUAAAGGGCAUCAUGCAAUUUGGAACCCUAACACUGUGGCUGAAUUACAAGGAGUGUCUGGCAACUUCAAUAACAAUAACAACUAUUUCGUUAAGACAGGGGAAUAUGCCACAGAUGAAGAGGAGGACGAGGCAGGGCCCGUUGUUCCUGGUGGGGACAUGGCCAUUGAGGUCUUCGAGCUGCCUGAGAAUGAAGACGUGUUUUCCCCGUCAGACCUGGACACGAGCAAGCUCAGCCACAAGUUCAAAGAGUUGCAAAUCAAACAUGCAGUCACAGAGGCAGAGAUUCAAAAACUGAAGACCAAGCUGCAAGCAGCAGAAAAUGAGAAAGUGAGGUGGGAACUAGAAAAAACCCAACUGCAACAAAACAUCGAAGAGAAUAAAGAAAGAAUGCUGAAGCUAGAGAGCUACUGGAUUGAGGCCCAAACGUUAUGUCACACAGUGAAUGAGCAUCUCAAAGAGACCCAAAGCCAGUAUCAGGCCCUGGAAAAGAAAUACAACAAGGCGAAGAAGUUGAUCAAGGAUUUUCAACAAAAAGAGCUGGAUUUCAUCAAAAGACAAGAAGCUGAAAGAAAGAAAAUAGAAGAUUUGGAAAAAGCUCAUCUUGUGGAAGUCCAAGGCCUGCAAGUGCGGAUUAGAGAUUUGGAAGCUGAGGUGUUCAGGCUACUGAAGCAAAGUGGGACUCAAGUUAACAAUAACAACAACAUCUUCGAGCAAAGAACAUCUCUGGGCGACGUCUCGAAAGGAGAUUCCAUGGAGAACUUGGACGUGAAGCAAACCUCUUGUCAAGACGGCCCAAGUCAAGACCUGAACGAAGCAGUCCCAGAGACAGAGCGCCUGGAUUCGAAAGCACUGAAAACCCGCGCCCAGCUCUCGGUGAAGAACAGGCGCCAGCGGCCUUCCAGGACAAGACUGUAUGACAGCGUCAGUUCCACAGACGGGGAAGACAGUCUGGAGCGGAAGGGUUCAAGAUCUUCUUCUCCAGAAUCAGAUUCUGGUGUUCCACCCCUCACCCCAGUGGCUAGCGAUGUGCCAUUCUCACCUGACCACAUUCCUGGAUUCCAAGAAGAAUCGCUGCACCCAGACAGGGAGUCCUUCUCCUCUGCCUGGGGAGACACAUCCCUCUCCUCUCCUUCCAAAUCUGAUCACGACAUGGAAGAAUCUCCUUGCCACCAUCAAGCUACGUCCAGGAAAAUAUCACAAGACAAAGAUGGUGCCAAGGAUCCCAGGUCAUUAAGGACGUCCAGUUCAUUGGUGGUGCAAGGAGGAAAAAUUAAACGGAAGUUUGUGGAUCUGGGGGCACCUUUGCGAAGGAAUUCCAACAAGGGAAAGAAAUGGAAAGAAAAAGAAAAAGAAGCCAAUAGGUUCCCUGCAGGUAGCAGGUACUGGAUCUUCAGAGGCAGACUGGACAACUGGAGACCCAGGCCGCCGUCCGCAGUGCAGGCCUCCACCCGCUCCCCUUGCAUGCCUUUCUCGUGGUUUAACGAGAGCCGGAAAGGAUCCUAUUCCUUCGGAAACCCGUCGUCACCUCCAAGUCCCCUUCAGCCUUCUCCUGAGACUCUAAGUUCAGAUAAAAAGAGGUCCAAGAAUUUUACCUUCAAUGACGACUUCAGUCCCAGCAGUACCAGCUCUGCAGACCUGAGCGGCUUAGGAGCAGAACCCAAAACGCCGGGGCUCUCCCAGUCCCUAGUGCUGUCGUCAGAUGAGAGCCUGGAUAUGAUAGAUGAUGAGAUCCUUGAUGAUGGACAGUCUCCCAAGCACAGUCAGUGUCAGAAUCGGGCCGUUCAUGAGUGGAGUGUGCAACAGGUUUCUCACUGGUUAAUGAGCCUAAAUCUGGAGCAGUAUGUAUCUGAAUUCAGUGCCCAAAACAUCACUGGAGAGCAGCUCCUGCAAUUGGAUGGAAAUAAACUUAAGGCUCUUGGAAUUACUUCAUCUCAGGACCGCGCAGUAGUCAAAAAAAAACUCAAGGAAAUGAAGAUCUCUCUCGAGAAAGCUCGGAAGGCCCAAGAGAAGAUGGAGAAGCAAAGGGAAAAGCUGAGGAGGAAAGAACAGGAACAAAUGCAGAGGAAGUCCAAAAAGACAGAGAAGAUGGCGUCCGCCGCCACGGAGGGCGCGGGGGAGCAGUAGCGCGCCCUCCUGCAGGGUGCAAGGUUCCAGGGGAGCCCGCCCCUUCCUGCCCUGCUCGCCUCCCUCUCCAGGAAGAAGAAGGAAGGGACGACCCGGGUAGUGUUGCGCUAGGCAGAUGGAGGAACUGUGUGUUGAGUGACUGCAUUUUCUGCAAUAAUAGAAGGCACUCCUAGUUUUAAUCUACUGAAAUGAUCCCCUGGCACGUUGGGUUUAUUCACAAACCAGAGAUCUCAUUUGUGAGAGAAGCAAGGUGGCAAAUCUUUUCCUUACCAACAUCUCGUGUUGUGUUGGGUGUGUUGUGCCCCCUUGGAGAACCAGCAGGACCCUGCCCAAGGAGAGCAUGACACACCCUGCUCCUGUUAAUGGAAUGAAUUUUCAGUAUGGGAUCCCAAAACUGGUCAGUAGCUGAUUGCACACAGCUGAGAGCUCCCUGUCGCGAGACCUAGGCUCAGAACGAACUUCUAGGGCUGUAGAAUCUAUUUCAGCAGGUGGGACACAUUCCCCCCUCAGUGCUGGCGGGGGGGGGGGGGGGUCAUGGGAAAGCCCCACUGCAGGGGACAUGGGUGCUCCGCCCCGCGAUCACCCACUGAUCUUCUGUCUGCAGGAACCAGAGAGAAGGAGUUAGCUGUUUGUUAGCUCUAGAAGGAAGCAAAAGCCUUACAGAUGUGGGCCUGGGGACCCCUUGGAGUUCUGAGGGUAACAUUUAUCCCCCAGAUACAGCUGAACAAGGAAGAAAAACACAGACAUUCACCAGCAGUGGGGUAUCGGGAUCUGCUGUUUACUUUGCUGCCCGCUGCGUGUUCGCUGUGUCAACAACACCGGCAAACACAGCACAGUUCCUUUUCCUCUCCCCAACAGAACGAACAGGAAAUUGAUUUUUAAGGAAACCAACAUUUUCAGGUGUUGUCUCCUGGGGAGUGUUCCCUGGCCUUCAUCCUGCCGGUGACCCAGUCGGGGACACGCCCCUAUUUUCUACUCAAGAUUCCCCAAGUGGGCUCAGUUAGUGUUUUAACACAUGUUCUCGUAAGAAAAGCAAAAACACCAGUUAGGGAAAACUUAGGUUGGAGUAACACGCCGCCCUGAGGUGAUGUCUUCGAGCACGUAGAAUGUUCCUGGAAAGGAAGCUGUCUGCCCCGUGGUAGAGGUGUUCUGAAUGGCUUCGCCUCCACACUUUGCAGAUUUUCACUUUUUUAUUCACGUGUGUUUCUACGGUCCAUAGGCGACACUUUAGUCGUGGGGGAACUUGUACUUAUUUUAAAGCCAGUAUUAAGGAGUCCAGUAUUUCACCAAACUGAAGCGAGUGCAGGAGACUGGGGCAGGAGGAGGAGAAGGUAAACCCACCCUGGGAGAUGGCGAGUGGGUUGGAUUUGUUUGCUUGCUUGCGUUUUAUGUUUUAUGCUCAUGGGUCUGGUUCUGUUGGCUGCACCGGCUCUCAGCUGAGGUCAUCUACUUUCUAAAGGACUGGUUUCCGGAUGAGGCUUGAGGCUGGGUGAGUGCGUGGACGAGUAUUUUACUCCUUUUACCCUCCCAGGCCCCUCCUCUGUUCCUGGAGGUAUCUGAAUCUCCGGGGAAAGUUUUGUGUUUGCAGAGCUUGGGGACAGUGUUGGAGCACCACAGAUGUCAGAGAACUUAGGGGCCCUCUUGCCCACAGAGCCCCCAUGUCAUAUUUUGAACAUUGUGACUUUUUCUUUCUUUUUGUCUUAUCUGAAAAUUGAGUUCUGGGAUUGUCUGAAUAAGGAAUUUAUAGUCCUACACCCCCUGCUGCAGGCCUGCUUCCUGUUCAGUGGGCGUGGAGUCUGUUUUGUCAUGGGUACAGGUCAUUCAUUCAUCCUCAGAAAAGCUGACAUAAAGUCAGACUGUGUUCACCAUGGUCAAAGUCACCACGGUGUUUUGCUCUCCAUCACCAUGUGGGGUCAUGAUAAUGAAGCUGCCAUACUGGAUGCUCUGUUAACAUCUGGAGAUGUCUGGUGCUUUGCUGUUUAUUAAUAUCGUGGGAAAUGAGAAGCCACUAUUAAUGAACUAUACAAUUUGGAACGCUUUUCUAAUACUAAAAUACUACUAAAUUAUUAAAAAUCUGCUUUGUAAAUUUUUGCCAUUUUUGCUGAUCCUUGGGGGAAAAAAGUAGCCUGGCUCACACUGGAAGUUUCUCCGCGUUCAUUUCAAGGGUGGAAGUUGAGUUAUGUUUACACUGGGUAAUAUUUGAAAAUGGGUGUAUAUAUUGAAGAUGUCUAUAAGUCUGUCUCUGCACAUAAUUUAUGAUCUAUUAUAUUGCAUUUUCUUACAUGUCUUAAAAAUAUUAUUCUUUGUUAUAACUUUAUUUGUACAUUUGCAGUAUUUAGAUCAGUGUCCCAAUGGACAAUGUUAUAAAUCAAAUUCUUAUUCAUCAAGUCAUCUAGCUUGUAUUCUAACUAUUUUUAAGUUAAAUUAUAGUAAUUUUAGGGCUAACUGAGCUAUCUUAACAUUACUACUUAAAACUGCUGAAUGUGCAAAAGGGACCUAAUUUGAUUGAUGGAAGAGUAUGAAAACAAAGUGAAGGCCCUCAGAUCUUGUGAGCAUUUUGUUUUCCUGUUAUUUCGUUUAUUAUUGACUGUAGCGCACGAUGCCCAAUUGAGGUUGCAGUGUCUUGCGCAACUCCUGCUUUAUUGCUCUGGCUUUUCACUGUCCAUACAGUUUAACAUAGAAUCGUUGCUUCAUGAAACUUAAAGAUUUUUGCUUUUUUUAUUAUCAAAAAAAAAAGAAAAAAGAACAAAAAGGGGAUAUGUGGUCCUUUAGAGAUAUAGUCCCUAACUACAGUGACGAAUGUCCUCGAGGGGCCUCUCAGUGCGACUCUGGCAACAGGCAAGCGUGCCUGGGGCUUAGAUGAUGCUGUGCGGAGUGGGGAUGUGUGGUGGGGCCAUGCUGCAGACAGCAGUGUGUGCGCUGUAUCUGGGUCAGGGUUCUCCAUUGGAGGACUUUGGUUUUAUAUUCCAUCACUUUGUUAAGGUAACUCAGAGUUUGUGAAAUAUUCUUCCCAUUCUUUUCUUGCCUGAAUGAGGCGUGUACCCCCAGAGUGUUCAGUACGGACAGAAACCUCACUUCUCCCAUUCCGACUCUCGGAUGAGGCCGCCUUUGGUUUCAGGACAAUGAGCCACGCUGUGCUGGCUGCCUUUAGCUGGGGCUGACACUGAUUUCCCACCCCCAACAUCACAUACGCCUUGUUAACCCACAGUAGUUCAUGAUUGCAGGCUGAGAGGUGACGAAGCUUUCAAGCAGCAAGAAAGGGGGCCAUCUCCAUCGUGAAACAAAAGUGACAAGAGGAAAAGCGAGGAACCAGAUCCACCCUUGUCACUCCCCGUGACCCUGUAGUCAUCUCUAGCCUGAAAUCUUAAAAUAUCCCAGGCCCAAGCUACCAAUUCGUCACAGGUGGUUUAAUCUGGUAUCUCAGCCUUUACAGUUUUUGUUGGACACAGAAUUUUCACCUAGUUUCUUUGUACAAUAGGAUUAACAUACUAAAAAUCAACAUCAUAAAAGAGGUAAAUGGAAAUUUUUAUUUAUACAAAUAUUCUGAUUCAUUUAUAUGCGUUUCAAGUUACACAGACUAAGCGUCAAGAGGAGACCCAAUGCUUGAACGAUACUGUUCAUGAAGAAUCUAAAGAGAGACGCCCCAACAAUUCUCAAAGGAAGAGCUACACUAUGUGUAUGUUGUAAGCCCCUUGUAUGCUGUGAUAUUUAAGAAGUACCAAGUUCCGUUUGAGUAACUAGAAGUAAUCUCAACAGAACUGGGAACAAAGGGCGCUUCACUUGUAGGGGCACUGUCACCUACUUCAUGCUAAGGCCUUAGUGUUCUCUUAACAAAAAGGUAAAAUGAAAAGCCAAGUCUUUUACAUCAUUUUUAAAUUUGCCUUUGAUCAUAGAUCUACCUAUGUGCUAUUCUAAUAGAAACGAAGCAUUUCAGGAUGAGGUCCAGAAAAAAAGAAAACGAGAAACUGUAUUUUCCUAUCAGAAUUGUUUUCAAUCUGAUGGAACGGGGAGGGAGGCAAAUUCUCUAAAGAAAGUGUCGCAGGGCGCUGGACGUGCUUCAGUGACUCUUUCCUGGAAACCAGUCUGAGUAGAUUGGCAGAUUUUGUUUACAGUUGUAUUGGGUAUUUGAAGUCUCAGGAAAUUUAAUUUUGGUCCAAAACACUGAGGGGGAAAAAAAAAAUAACACCAGAUGAAGCACAUUUUAAUAACCUGAGGUAGCAGUAUAGAGUAGGCCCAACUUUGAAGCCAGAGGGGAAAGGCAAAACCUGCAGAAUCAGAUCCGCCCUGAAAAGAGAGCGAUAGAGUUCUCUUUAUGGUCAUCCAAGGGUCCUCCCUGGCUCGUACAGGAGUUGCUGGAGUGGUAGCCACACGCAGGUGUGCUUAUGUGGGCGUGUGGACCAAGCACAGCUCGUGAGCUACUUACAGAUCCUUAGAGUGGGGAGGGCACACCCACAACCUCCAAACCACUAGAGAGGCAGCAGUGAGUCGGAGGUAAGGAGUGAGAGAACAACAGGUCACUUCUCCAUAGUGUGCAUGCCACUUGUGUAGAUGUGCAGAACUACAGACGUGUGAAUCUGUCUCCCACCGCACACACACACAUGCACCCCACAGUCACCUGGCAUAAAGGCAUAUGCUUCCGGAACUCAAUAAUGUCAGUUAGGACCUGGGCUGCAGUCAUGGCCUUUUGCCACUUUUUGUGUUGUGUAUACAUUGAAUGGCUCAUAGAUUUUAAGAGAUUUUUUUAAUGUAAGUAUUUCUACUAAAUGCACUUAUCCUUCUACAUGUUUAUAUAUUUUGGUAAAAUUGAUUUAUUAGAUACUUGGUAUUUUAGUAAGAAGAAAUUUCCUCAGAUGUUUUGUUAAUGCUUUGAUGUCAAGAUUGCACACUGCUGAGUUAGCACUCAGGAGACAUUUAGGCAGCCUGUGGCAUUUUCAACUGCAACCUGCAGUUUUCUUAGGUAAAAAUUGCACCGUGUGUUCUUGCACCUGUCUCACGCUUAUUCUAAAAUGACAUCACUGGUAGCUGUGAUGCUUAAGUCACCAACCACUGGCUCUCUGGUGGUGACAUUGCCAUCACAUGACCAUUUAGUUACUUCUCAUGCCAAGUCAUGGCAUUUUGGUCAUCACCAAAAAUAUGGCAAGUGGUUGUGAGUAUGAAUCUGUUGUUGGAAGGUGUAUACUUCUGUUUCUUUCCACUAUUCUAUCUCUAUACCCUGGUUUUCUUUUAAAGAUUUAAUCAUCCAUUCAUUUGUGAUAGAACACUUAACCAAGAAUAAGUUAACUAAAAAAGUAGAAACCAAAAGGCACUCCAGCUACACAACACCUUCCAACAAUAUCACAUUUAGCUGAUGCUCAGUGAAGUUCCUCAAAUCCACAUUUGCCUCAUUCUUAUUUGAUAUCAUAACUAUUGCUUCUGUGUCUCUUAAUAGUAUUGCCAUUCGACCACUAGUACACCUGCUAUGUAUUUCUGACAAAACUGGGCAGCUGAAAAACAGAAGAGAGAAUAAAUUCUGUUCCACUCUAAGAAGUUGACUUAGUUUCAUCUUUCUGUGUAUAUCAUUAAGGGAAAGGAGCUGUUUGAAAUAAUUUUAAGUCUGAUAAGUAUGGAUAGCAUGUUACCUGGAACUUUUAAUUUGUACAUUUUGAUGUCUGAUCAUUUGCAUGGAAGAGACAAUAGUGCCGCGUCUGAAUUGUUCUCUUGUGCUUGGUUAAUCUGUACCUCUCUAGAUUGUUCUGUUUCAAAUGACAUUCCUUACUCUUUGGUUUUCAGAGGCAUUCAAAGCAAAACUCUCACAGUGGUCCUUUGUUUUUUUUGAUCAACCUAAAAAAUACCUGUGAUUAAAUUUUGAUUUGUUAGUGUAAAUAAACUUCUUGCCAAUGAGUAUUAUUGUUGUUAGACAACGAAUGCAAUAAAAAGAGAAAU